CCUUGUCUCAUCCCAUCGCACGAAGCUCGUCAAAGUUCAGUGCUGAACACCUCUCUCGCGCACUCGCCACUCACUUGCUGAUCGCUGUAUCUCGCGCCAGUCUAAUUGUUUUCUCUGCCGACAGCCCGGUUCAUAACAUGCUCUCCCUCAACGGCAUGCCCGUAGGCUUCAUCCCCCAGCAUGGGAUCACGAACACACCUAUGACCGCCAUCAACUCCGUGAUGACGGGGGCCAGCCUCGCAAAGUCAGCAACGUAUGGCUACUACGCCCAAACUUACGCUGGGAUGGAAUGGGAUGGGCAACAAUUCAUGAAGAUUCUUGACGACAUCAAGGCAUCUGGCGCGAUAUUCGAGGCUGCUGUGAUGCCCGUCGAGUCGUGGCGAGGGUACAGCGCAACAGACAACUCCCAAGCCAUCGCUGUAGCUAAGAUCAUGAGGAAAAUUACUGAUGAGGGUGUCGACGUGCGAUUGCGCUUUGCACAUGAGGCCAACUACUAUACCACGACCACUGCCAAAGCGUCCGGAGGGGCCUAUUAUGCUGGGGGCGCCGACGCAAUGCAGACCUUCAAAGUCGCUUUCAAGGAAGUUGCGCAAGCUUGCGCAAAGUACGCGCCCUCUGUGGAAAUGGUGUAUUCGCCUAACAUGGCGAACCUGACGGAACUGAAGGCAUGGGCACCGUCCACCUCUUUGUUCAAGUACGUGGCCGUAGAUUACUAUCCGGAGACCCAAUCGGAACUAUCAGUUGACUCAUUCGUUUCCAAGGUGAAACCUUUCCACGACUACUUCACUGCUGAUUCCGACCGCAAAUUCAUCAUAGCAGAGAGUGGCCUGCACAUCAACACAACCAAGUCUGCACGUCUGCAGUGGCUAGAAAUCCUCACUAGCGAGGCUGUGCAGACGGCGUUGCCCAAUCUCAUCAGCGUGACUUGGUUCAAUCUCAACCUUGAAUCCGCAACAGGAGGUGACUUCGAUUACCGCAUCAUGGACUGGCGGGCUUCCAAGGCUUACAAUGCACCCCUUUUGUCGAUGCUUGAGGACGCACGACCCGCUUCAUCUACGAGGAGGUCUUCCACUUCAUCCACCACAAAGAAGACUCCCUCCAAGACGAGCGCUACUCACUCCAAGUCCCAUGCCACAGCACUUAAAGGGGAUGCCAGUACUUCGAAAGGGCGAGGCAAUAAGUCCAAAGUGAAAGCAUGCAAGGCUGCGUCAAGUGAGACGAAUUCAGCUCAGCCGACGUCGAGUGAGGCAUCUGCAGACCACUUGACAUUGACUGAGGCGCAAGUGUCUCAGUCAAUGUCAAGUAUGGCGAUAGUACGUGACAUCGGCCACCGAGGCAAGCGUGCCCACGGCAGACUUCACGAUGCUAUCAAGAAGGUACUCACUUGAUGCGCUCCACGGGUACCCUUGUUACAGCCCUCGUGCCCCUUUCCUGAACGUCACUGCAAUGCGCAUGCUAGACAGUCAGAUCCAACCUCUGCACAGCUUGCUCAUGUCUUUGUGCUAGGACAAUUAUUGAUAUUGCUCCGCUGUAACCAUCUCCUCCAGGGCCGUGCUCUGCCACUCCGUCGAGCAACACGCAGAGGGCAGCUGCCGGCCCCCAAGUCCAGGCGCUGGCAGCGUGGGCGAGUCCCUACCAUGCGCUUGCAUACCGUGGAAGCUUGCAAUCU